CGAACCGUCGAGCCGGUUCAACAGUGUUCUGUACAGCUCCUGCAGUUAUCUGAAAAAAAUGUAAAGUGCGCUAAGACCGCCGAGUACUAAGUGAGACUAUUCGCAUAGAAAUCUUUCUUCUACCCUCCUCUUGGAUUUCAAACACAUCUCACCCUCGAAUAUUUCAAACCGGCGACGCUGCCAAAGAAUCCGAACGUACCCAACAGUUUCAGCUUAAACUAAAUAAAAUACUCUAGCAAUAAACAACCAUUCGACUUCUUCCGGAUCGGCCGCCACCAACCGAAAAAGAAAACACUAAACUAUACCCUCGAAAUAAAAGGUCGAUUGGCUGCAGUAUACGAGGGGGACCAUACCUGACCAUCAGAAUGAAUCAUGGCGCAGCUAUCGUCACCGCGCCUGCGCCACUACAGGACGAUGACGGCCAUAUGCUUCGUCUGCAACCUACCGAUCCACUCCUAUCAAGUGGGAUUGGUAUGGCAGGGUGGAAACGGAUGGGACGAUUUAGUCCGGGAACAAGUAGAGGAAUCUACUAUCCGUCAGCGUCUUGGAGGCAGGCGAGAUUCCGCAGCUCAAAUUUCGAGCAUCUCUCCACCGACGGAGACGCAAGAAACGUCACCCCCGCAAACUGGCCCACCGCGAAGGCGUCGUUCUUCUCUCGCUCAAUUGACCGACAUCCUACGAGAAUGGGGUGGUUCCACAAAACGACAAAAAGCACCGCUGUGCAGACGGGAAACGCUGGCGGAUCUAGCCAGGAGUCUACCUUGGGGCAGACAGACGACCACAGAGCAAGGAUCUACUCCUAGUAUCACGACAUCAAGGAAAAGAAGGGAAUCUAGCGCAGACUCGGGCAUCAAAAGUCUCUCAAAUAAGUCUAGAAGGGAUUCCCAUCAAACAGCUUUGUCUGAUUUUCGAUCGGAAGUUGCUAAAUUAUGGCAAAGGAGGGAGAGUAAUACCACAACUACGGUGAUAACGGCCAGCUCUACACCGAGGAGAGAUUCUGGAGAAUCAAGUAGGAGUCGAAGGGAUUCAGCUAGUCAUGGAACUUCAAGGAGAGGUUCUGGAGAAAGUGGAAAAAGUAGCAGGAGGGAUUCAACCCAAUUAGCAACACCACCACCUAAAGUCGUAGCUGCUCAUAGAAAAAGAAGAGAUUCCAAAACUCUAAACGAUGCUAGUUACUACAGGCAAGAACAAAGACCAUCCACUUCUUCCACAGCUUCGGAUGCUGGACAACCUGGGCUUCCUUCUUUACCAGUUAAUCCACCAACUACUUGUAGUAUUGCCACCGAUACAAACAACCAUACUCUUCCUCCUCCAACAAUAAUAACUUCCAGUGUCACCCCUCCAGCUACUUCUCCAACAGUUCAAGCAACUACCCCAACUCACCCUUUAUUAUCAACAAGACGAGAUUCUACAACUCAAUGUGGACGUUUAGGCCGAAGAGAUUCUCGGUCUCACGCCUCUCCGGAACGGAGUUCAAAACUUUCUCGCCUUCAAAGACAAAAUACAGCUUACGACGAAAGUUGCCUACCACCGGGUGGCUGGAACCGAAGAGGGUCCCAACCUUCCGCCUUAAGCCCGGACGUGGACGACACAGGAAGAAAAGCACGUCGAGAUUCCUUAAGCCCCGACUCGGCAUCGCGGAGCCGAAGGGAUUCCAGGUCACAUCUCAGUCCGGAUCGAUCGGGCGAAAGGGAAUUGAGUCCAGUAAGAAGGACGAGUAGGCGAGGAAGACUUCGUAGACAAUCAACAAGUAUAGCGCGGGGUCAUGGUCAUCGAUCACCAGAUUCAUCAAGCUGUUCCUCCAGGGAUCCAAGUCCUUGCAAUAGACCGAUACCACCACCUCCAGAAACUCAUCGACCUACCAUUCGAAGGCAAUCCACCACCGAAGAAAUUCUCAUUGCUAGAGGAUUUCGAAGGCAGAGCACAACGGAAGAAAUGAUUCGAUGCAGAAAUUUUAGAAGGCAAAGUUCUCAAAGUGAUGAUACUUCAAGGUAUCGAGGAAGGAGGGAUUCUUGUGCUCAAAUUAUCGAUGGAACUAUCGCUUCUAUGACUGUUGAAACAUCUUCGACUUUUUUUGAUUGUAGCACACAAACGGAACCAUCACCACUUUACGACAACAAUCAUUACCACGAGGAAUGCCUCCGGUGCAAUUCCUGCGGCCUGAACUUAACGGGCCCAAACCAGAAAAGGGCUCGUCGUUUCAAAAACCAGAUCCUCUGCGACCUGCAUUUCGCUGAUGUGGCCCUCAUGGAGUGCUCGGACUUUAUGCAGCAGCUGCGGUCCUUCAAACCGCAGUCGCUCGGUUGUGCCGUUGCCAGAAGAAAAUCAUCCACAACAUUGAUCUUCCCUUUACCUCCACAAGCGUGUUCUGAUGAAUUUUGCGAAGAAUUUCCACAUAAUUUCCAUCCAACUCCGGGUUAUUGGAUCGAAUGUUCGCGACAAAAGAUAGCUUCCGAUACGAUUUGGGACGAAAGCGAAUCCGAUCACGAUCUUCAAGAAGGCGACGAGGACGAUAGGAAUGACGGUAUAGAUCAAGAGAAUGGGCCUAGAUCCAAAACUAGAGAUCAUCACAGUUGCAAUGAGUUGUAUGAAGACGAUGAAGAAGAUGAUAUGUCAUCACCUAGAAAGAAAACAACGAUAGAAGAGCAAUGGGAAAAAAAUCAAGGUUUUGAAUUGACGAGUGUGGAACAGGAAACCUACGAGAAGUACUUUUACGCAACGGAACACUGGAACUAUUUUACGAACGAUGAGGAUUUAGGACCUGUUAUCUUGUCUAUAAAGCAAGAGACAUUAAAUUCAAGAGAUCAAUUUAGGAUAUUGGUUAGAGCUAUUAGCUACACAGUUCACGGCUUAAUACCCGCCAGUUGUGUAUUUGCCGAUCGGUACAAUAGGGAGGAGGUCGUCAGGUCGUUGGGAAAGGAGGUGAACAUCAACCCCCCUUUAACCCUCGGACAACUUCCUGACACGCCGGAAGAACUGUUGAAAUUAGACCAGGUUUUUAUUAAAUCCGAAUUAAAAGUGGGAGUAAUUUAUGUGAAAGAAGGUCAAUAUUCCGAGGAAGAAAUUCUUGAUAACAAUGACAAUUCGUUACUUUUCGAAGAAUUUUUACAAAUUCUUGGCGAAAGGGUCCGUUUAAAAGGGUUUGAUAAAUAUAAAGGUGGUUUGGAUACCGUUCACGAUUUAACAGGUCUUUAUUCCGUUUAUACAAACUGGAGAAGUAUUGAAAUUAUGUUCCAUGUGAGUACGUUGCUUCCUUACGAAAAACAUGACCCCCAAAAACUGCAAAGAAAGCGCCACAUCGGCAACGAUAUAGUUUGCGUAGUCUUUUUGGAAGCUGAUAACACAUCGUUUUCACCUUCUUGUAUAAAAAGCCAUUUUCUGCAUACGUUUAUCUUAGUAAGGACAUCGCCGAGGAUAAAAAGAAAACCGACGAGAUAUGAAGUGUCCGUUGUUACCAGAGAUGAAGUAGGAGCUUAUAAACCCUAUUUAUGGGAACAAAGUGUUUUUGAUAAAGGCCCUAUGUUUAGAGAAUGGCUUUUAACUAAAAUUGUGAACGGAGAAAGAGCUAGUUAUUCAGCACCGAAAUUUGCGCGAAUGCAAGAGAGAACUCGAUCUCAAAUGUUGGAGGAUAUCGUAGCUAAUUUGCAGAAUCAUGCGGAAACUGGACAAAUACCUAAACCUUAUAGGAGAGGUUCUUGGAGACCUAUUGGACAUAUGAGACCAUCAUCACCUUUAUUAGAUAGUGUUCGAGAUCAAUUUGAAGAUUACGAUCAAUUAGCGAAAGAUUUUACGAGGAUGUUCUUAAACAGCAAUGAAAAUACAUUAGCUAAUUCGCAACUAUUUGACGUGGUUUUUAUGGUGGGCCAAUCAAAACAAAAAACGAAAUUUAUUGGCGUUAGAGCUAUUCUUGGAGUAAGAAGUCGAGUAUUCCAAGAAAUGUUAUACGGAAUCCAAACGGGUUUUGGCUCCCCUCAAGUUCCCGUUGCUGAAUUAUUAGCAAGACCAGUGCCAACCCUUCUCAGCCCACAACAAUCAAGACCGAAAAGCAGCAAUUUCCUUCAAGUUCCCGACAUCGAAUCACCUCGUCCAAAAAGUGUCCCAUCGUCGCCGAUGGUAAAAAGGGCAUUCUCUAGAUUAGGAACUAUAACAGCCGGAUGGGGGCGAUCAAUUCGAAAAUCUAACGCUCAACAAUUAACGGUCGACGAUAAAAAGAAAUGGGCUAGUAGCCAUGAUUGUUCGAAUAAAGAUGGAAAAGACAAAGAAGGAAAAGAUAAACCAACAGCACAACAACUUCCAGUACCGAGAUUAAGCGUUUGCGCCGAUGCACAAAAAGUCGAUAGAGCUAAAUUAGCUCAAACGGAAUUUUCAAUUAUCGAAUUCGAUCCGGAUACUUUUCGUAUUCUUCUAGAUUAUUUACAUACCGGUUCGUGUCCGUUAACUUGUUCUACAAUACCCGGUUUAAUAUGCGCUGCUGAACAUUACGAUUUACCGGAGUUAUUACAAGCUUGCUUCCAUCAUGCCAAACAAUUCUUAAGAAUCGAUGUGGUGUGCUGCAUGUUGUGUUCAUUAGAAAAUUAUUAUUGGAGAUAUACUUCCGCUUCGGAGUUAGUGAAUAUGAUAAUGGCUUUUGUCGAAACAAGAGCUUACACUUUAUUUCAAACAUCCGAAUUUUUAACGUUAAGUGAAAGCAUGGUACAAAUGAUAAUGUGUAGAAACUUAGAAGUGGCUGAAGUAAUAAAAUUUGAAGCAAUGUUAAGCUGGGCAAGACAUAAAAUCCGUACGAAAACAUCAAGUAAACUUGACGCAAAAUUAGAAUUUAAAUGUAUCAUGGAAAGAUUAGCGAGGGAUUUAAAACUUUAUAGAAUAUCACCCCAAGAACUAAUUAAGGUGGUAUUACCAUCAAAAGCGAUUAAAAACGAACGAAUCUUAGAAACUUUAAUGUUCCAAGCAAACACUGGAAUGUACAGAAUACAAGAUUCUUACAUAAAAGAGUGCACGCAACGCUUGCAAAAACAAGACUCAAGAUUCUCUGAAUGGGGUUCAUUUGAUAAUAGUGCAUAAAUAGGACAAUCAAAAUUAAUUGUUUUUGUUUAAAUAAAAAUAAGAAAGUGAAA